GCUAUGUUAAAUAUUGUAGCACAUUAUAGCUUCGAUUAUGCUCAACAGGUUCACUAUCCUUCAAGUCCACUACAAGCAGGUCCAAUUUAUUUUGUUACUCCCAGGAAAUGUGGCAUAUUUGGUGUGUGCUGUGAAGCUAUCCCUCAGCAGGUUAAUUUCUUGAUCGAUGAAUCAUUCGACACUGGUAAAGGGGCAAAUCCUGUCAUAAGCAUGGUACAUUUUUAUUUGAAGAAUCAUGGCCUCAACUCAGUCAGUAUCCAUUUCAAUGCUGACAACUGCACAGGGCAAAAUAAAAAUAAUACAGUUAUUCAAUACCUCUUAUGGAGAGUCAUGACAGGACUCAAUGCGUCCAUUUCAAUAUCUUUUCUGCCAGUUGGACACAAAAUUUUCUCCUGACUGGUGCUUCGGACUAUUAAAGCAAAAAUUCCGUAAAGCAGAGGUGGACUCGUUGAAUGACUUCAUUCAAGUUGUAGAACAAUCAUCUGCUGUGAACAAAGCCCAACCAGUAGGAAGUAGCAAUGGUGAACUCAUUGUAGAAACACUUGACUGGUGUAGUUACUUUUAUAUUAUUCAAGAAAAU